GUUUUCUUUUUUAUUCUUUUCAGUCAAUAUGUCCACUCAAGAGCCUAGAGGAAAUCAUCAUAAUCCAGAGAGUACCUUUGUUUGUUACAAAACAGAUGAAUGCAAAUUUGAUUACUGUACUAAUUAUCAAGAAGAGAUAUCUCAAAAAGAAACAGCAUUGAUGAAGAAGCUUGGGUUCUUGGAUCGAUUUCUUGUUGUUUGGAUCUUACUUGCUAUGAUUAUUGGUGUCAUCAUUGGUUAUUUUGCUCCUCAUGUACAAGAGUCUUUUGAGACUGUACAGUUCGGUUCUGUUUCUGUACCGAUCGCUGUCGGACUACUUGUUAUGAUGUACCCGGUCUUGUGUAAAAUUCAAUAUGAACGACUUCACAUCAUCCUGAAUGACAGAAAAAUAUGGAUUCAAAUCCUUGUCUCUCUUGGUAUCAAUUGGAUUAUUGGGCCUAUUGUCAUGACUGGUCUUGCUUGGGCAUGCUUACCUGACUUGCCUGGAUUUCGUACAGGUGUUGUGAUGGUUGGUUUGGCAAGAUGUAUUGCCAUGGUGCUUAUUUGGAAUACUUUGGCAGGUGGUGACUCAGACUACUGUGCUAUCCUAGUGGCCAUCAAUUCUAUUCUUCAAAUUGCCCUCUUCUCACCUUAUGCCAUGUUGUUUAUCAAUAUUGUGCCAUCUUGGUUUGGUGCUCCCACAGACACAGCUAUCAAUGUUGAUAUUUGGCCAGUUGCUCAAUCUGUCUUGAUCUAUUUAGGUAUUCCGUUGCUUGCAGGCAUUAUCACACGCUACUCUUUGCGCUGGAUCAAGGGUGACAGGUGGUACAAUGAUGUUUUUUUACCUCAUUUCGGACCUUUGGCUCUUGUAGGCCUCAUCUAUACCAUCAUUGUCAUGUUUGCCAAUCAAGGGCAUCAUAUUAUUGCCAACAUUGGCUCUGUAUUCCGUGUAGCAGUUCCUUUAUUUUGUUACUUUGUCAUUAUGUUUUUUGUGCCCUUUUUUGUGCUCAAGAUGUUCUUUUCUUAUGAAUUUGUAGUUACACAAUCAUUUACAGCUGGCAGUAAUAAUUUCGAGUUAGCUAUUGCUGUUGCGGUCGGAACAUAUGGCAUCAAUUCAGAGCAAGCAUUGGCUGCUACUAUUGGUCCACUCAUUGAAGUGCCUGUCUUGGUUGUGUUUGUGUACGCUACGCUAUAUAUGAAAAAGAAGCUUCAUUGGAAGCAAGACGAACGUGUCGAUAUUGAAAGUAAAUAAACAAAUAAAACAGCUUUGUAGUUCAAUUCAUGACAUAAAACUGACAGUAAUUUAAACAGAAUAACAAUUGCAUAAGCUUGUACAUCAAGAACUGUUUAUCAUUCUGAUAGCUGAUUAGUUGGUGACUAGAAAAGCACGAAUGACUCUUUACAUGUACCAUUUGUAAAAGGUACAAUAAAUAUACCUCAUGCUGUAAUAUAAAUGACCUUUGUAUUAAAAUUUUUUUCUCCGCUAAUGCUCUUCG